CGUUCCAGAGAACCGUAAGAGAUGUGGGCCAAGAGACUCGGAAUCACGAGAAAAUCCUAGCCAAGAACGCGGCGUCGGAGCAAGCGGAGAAAGUCAGGGCCCGCAGCCGCCUGGCCAGCGCGCAGCUUUGCUCUCGGCCGCGUCCCCCCUCCCGCGCGUCCCCCUACCAGCCUCCGCGGGAUGGCACCGGCGGGAGGGGGCGGGGCCGGGUGCGCUGCUGCCUCCUCUGCUGCGGCCGCCUCCGCUGCGGCCGGAAACAAUAGUGGAGGAGCCCGAGCCGUGCGGAACGGCUGCUGCUGCGCGCGGAGCCGACGGGGCACUAUGAACGAAGAGGAGCAGUUUGUAAACAUUGAUUUGAAUGAUGACAACAUUUGCAGUGUUUGUAAACUGGGAACAGACAAAGAAACACUCUCCUUCUGCCACGUUUGUUUUGAGCUAAAUAUUGAGGGAGUACCAAAAUCUAAUCUCUUGCACACCAGAUCAUUAAGGGGCCAUAAAGACUGCUUUGAAAAAUACCAUUUGAUUGCAAACCAGGAUUGUCCCCGAUCUAAACUUUCAAAAAGUACUUACGAAGAAGUUAAAACUCUUUUGAGUAAGAAGAUAAACUGGAUUGUACAGUAUGCACAAAAUAAGGAUAUGGAUUCAGAUUCUGAAUGUUCUAAAAAUACCCAGCAUCACCUGUUAAGUUGCAGGCAUAAGCCAGAUAAAAAGUUACUCCCACAGUUGGACUCUCAAGUACCAAAGUAUUCUGCAAAGUGGAUAGAUGCAAGCGCAGGCGGCCUCUCAAACUGUUCACAAAGAAUAUUGGAGCAGCGGGAAAAUACAGACUUUGAGCUUGCGGUGUUGCAAGAUUCAGGUGCCACUUUAUGCCACAGUAGUGUAUUGUGGCCUCAUAGUCACAACCAGGCACAGAAAAAAGAAGAAAUAAUCUCUGAUCCAGAUGCUAACGUCCAGGCCCAGCAUCCACAUUACAGCAGAGAGGAAUUGAAUUCGAUGACUCUUGGUGAGGUAAAGCAACUGAAUGCAAAGCUCCGACAGGAAAUACAGGAAGUUUUUGAAGAGUUAACACACCAAGUGCAAGAAAAAGAUUCUUUGGCCUCAGAGCUCCACGUCCGCCACGUUGCCAUCGAACAGCUCCUCAAGAACUAUUCCAAGUUACCAUGUCUGCAAGUGGGGCGAACAGGAACAAAGUCACACCUACCCAUAAACAACUAAACCAGACUUAACAUUUCCUUCCUUGGCCCUCAUGCCCCUACCAUGUACUGGUCUGCCAGGCAUGAUAACUUUAAAGAAGUUGAAGAAAGUUAUUGGUCCCAUUUUUUUAUGGUCCUUAAAUUUGGAAAGCUGAAGGCAGUAUUUAACAUCUUUGUCAAAUAAAGCAGAUCGUUACACUCUAGUCUUCUAGGAUUAAUCAUUUUGGUUCAUUUUGGGAAUCUUCCUUCCCAUUAUUACUAAAUGGCCCUCCCUAACUUACCACAUGUGACUACUGUUACAGUGUGACUUGAUUAAACAUUUUAAUGCAAUUCACCUGUCAAAACAAUAGAAAAUUAAGCUCCUUAGAUUAGUCUGAACUACUAAAGAUAACUUUUAAGAGGGAAAUGGAAUUCAUAAUACACCUCUUAUUUAUUAUGAGCAAUAUUUUAAUAUGAAAGUUUUAUAUAUAUAAAUGCUAUUUUAGGUACCUUUCCAUUCUCUUUAUAAAUGUGUAUUUGAAUGCCUCUGUAUAUUAUAUUUACACUUUUCCUGUGUGAAUACGUUCACUCAUAUUUCAGAUCACUGCAUUUUAUUCUCUUAAUAUACUCUUUUUACUAUUGUUUUCCAAAGAUAAAUGUAUUUUGAAGUAGAAAUCUAUCUAGUUGAAUUGUUUUGACUUCUAAUAACUCUUAGGAAAGAGGAAUUAAUAACUUUUUAAAGCAAAUAUCCAAGAAAAAAGUACAUUAUUUUUUUCUAACAAAAGCAGUUCUGAGUUUGUUCAGAAAGAAAAUGCUAAUCUAGUUUUCAUAUGUCAGCUUGUCUCUAUAAAAGUAAAAGCCUGUUGUAUUUCAUUAUUACUUCCAUUCUAAUGACUUUGAUGUGUUAGAAUUUGGACAGAGUAAGUCACGCCUCACUUCCAAGUCCAGUGUAACAUCUGUCAAAUUGAAUAUGCUGCGAAAUUGUUGUCCUAUCUUAAAAAAAAAAACUUAAAAAUUCUUCUUUGUGCUACUUCAGAUAUAGGUUCAAGAAUCCUUAAACUGUCCAAAUUCUCUUGUCAAUAUUACUGACCUGAAAAAAGCAUUAUGAGGUGUUUUUCUAAACUUUAGAACUUAAAGAGAAAGAGAAGACUGCUUGACACAGGAAAACAAAACUCUAAUUCAAAAAAAUAAGCCCAUUUUAAAAGGAUAUUCUUGUAAGUUGCCUGUGAUGUUUCCAAAGAAUUCUGAACUAGUAUGUCGUCUCAGACAGCUAGGUAAGUUUUAUAACAAUGUGUUAUAUAGUAAAAGCUAUAACCAAUACAGAAUUAAAAUGGGCUCUAAAUUCUGUUUUGUGUUGGUGCUUAGAAUAUAUUUAUGAGGUAAAAUCUUUGCUUGAAAGAAUCUACAGAAAAGCCCAUUAACUUGGCGGCUUCAUGCAUAAAGAUAUGAAUGACUUCUAUUUUAAAUUUGGCAGCCUGCUCUGGCUUGGGUCAGUUUAGUCUGAACACAAACAGUAUUUGACUAAGCAAAGAAACGCCUCAGUCUAGUAGAAAACAAUUUUUUGUAAUACUAACGUGUUAAAUUUGCCUGAGAGUAUUAAUUGAUAUCUCAAUUGAUUUCAUUUUGUUUUCUUUUAAGUCUGACAUAACUGCUUUUCAGAGGGAGCUUUUGAAAAAUACUUUGAAUUUCUCUCAGUUUUUCGAGGCAUCCAAAAUGAAUUUGAAAUCCAGGGAGUGUGGGGAUACAUUGCCUUAGUUUUGAUAAGCUUUAAACUGAACGUGUGCAAUAUCAAAAUCUUUAUAAAUUUACAAGUUAAAUAAAGACAUUUCCUGAUGAUGCCAGUAAAUACCUUAGUAAGUGCUUAGUUGUUAGGUCACAUUUUUUUAAUUUGACUUUACUCUUUUUUGGCAUAAUUCAUCAAGAAUGUUUCCAGCCAGUGUGCUUGCACACAUUUGUGCUUCUAUUUAGAUCACUUAGGGACAGUCAUAAAAGUUUGGGAUGUGUUGCAUUUGAUAUCAGUAGUAGCCUAUUUCCAGAGGAUGAGCCAUAUGGUGCAGUCCUAAAUGCAACAGUGUUAAUCCAAAGAAAAGUGUUUGCUUUGUUUUUGGCAAAUAUGUAGCUUUACUAAUGAGUUUGGAACAAUUGGGUGGGAUUGUGCAUGUACUAAGUAAGGUCUUAACUGAGGAUUCUGAUUUAUUUCAUUUAGAUAUUUCUACCUAAGCUCUUCAAAGGAAAGGUGCUGUAAACAAUCUGCGGUGCUGGUACUCAUAUUAGUACUUUAUUUGAAUGAAUACUGUAGUGAAAGAAUUUUUCUUGAAGGACUUUGCACAAUAGUUUAUCCAACCAUUUGGUAAACUUUGAUUCCUUUGUUAGUUUUCUUGAUUGAAUGAAGAUGUAGUUACUGUAUAUGCUAAAAGGAGGAGAAGGGACAGAGUUGAGUUCUGAGAGAAUAUGAAAUACUACAAAUAUUGUUACCAUCCUUGGCUAUUCUUCUGUACAGUUGUUAGUACUUUUUGAGGAAGUUUAGAAGAAAAUCUCAUAUAUACCAUCAGUUUCAAAAAUGGCAAAAGGGAGAAGACCGCCAAUCUAACAUUUCCAGAGCUUAUAUUAUUAAGGGGAGUGAAAUAAAACUAAUGUUUUUUUCAUGUUAGAUUUCAUAAUUUUAGACAAAUUGGAUGGGGUUUUAAAAAUCAACUUGAAGUCCAAAGUGAUUUUGACCACACGAGAUUGUUCACAUUAGAGAUUAAAGUUUUCAAAUUUGUUCAGACUUUUAAUUAAGGUAAAAAUCUAUUUUAAUUUGAGGUUAUCACCCUUUGACCCUAACAUUUAAUAUCCAAAUUAGUCUUUCCUUUUUUUUUUUAAGAAAAAAAAGGUAUGCACUUAGGACAUCACUUAGGUGAUACAGACAGCAAAAUAGUGUUUCAUUCCAUUAUGUAGUUCUUAAGUGUUGGAGCAAAGAAAUGUUCUUAGUUUUUCAAAUUUAUGCGCAAUUCACCACAAAGUGCCCAUUUUUACAUACACUUGAGAAUUAUUUUUAAAAUAAGUUCAUGUUGGGAAGUGAUUUCAAAAAUAUAAUCAAAAUAUAUUUUAUUGGCGUCUUGACAGGCAUCUUGAGAUUUCCUGGGGUUUUCAUCUGACCACAUUGUUUAACACUGAAAAUGGUUUAAAGUGCUUUCUUUUCUUGUUUAGAUAUUUUUUACCUUGGCAUUUACACUGUUGAGACUUGUCAGUUUUUGCUAGGAUUUUUUUAAUUAAUUUUUGAGGAUCUAUUUGUGUUAAUGUUUACCAGUUUUGCUUUUACUUUGUUUUGUAUUAAUGUUAUAAAAUUCAAUUUAAAAUGUAUACGCUCUAAAUUUAAGUAAGAACUAUUAAAGAAUAAAUUAUUUGUAUCGCUUAGAAGGAGGUUCAGUUGGUGACCAUAAAAUUGUGACAUAAAAGUUUUCAAAUGGGACAGUGUAAAGGUCUAAUAGUGUUUCUUUUUUUCUGAUUUACUGACAGAUAUUGCUUAUACUGAAGUAAGAUAUCUGAGUAUUUUUAAGUACUUAAUAAAAAGUUUAGUACUCUACAAUUUUUUUAAUUUAAUUUUAAUUUUAAUUGUGUUAUUAACUUCAGGUUGGUGGGAAUAAUUAUGGAGGAAAUUUGUGGUGAGAAUCAGUGAGAGAUAAAAUCUUCAAAAGGUUAUUCUUGCCAUGUUAAGUUUUGUGGUGGUAGCAUGGGAAAGAGGUUAUUUACCAGAAUAAUAAGGUAAUAGAGCUCCAGCACAAGGAAAGGUACCUUGGAGGAGGGCUCUAGUACUGUGGAAUAACGAGGGUCUGUCCUACAUCUCAGUAUUUCCAUUCACUUCAUCCCUUCCUAAUUGCCCUUAUUAUAGAAUUUAGUCUAACACAUUACGCAACUUGGUCAUCUUGCUAUGAACCAAUCAUAGCAAGUCUCUAGCAUUAGAUUUUUUUUUUAGCACCUAGCUUGUAACCUACUUUUCCCUAUUCUUUUGGUUUAAAAAGAGUCCAGCCUACGAAUGCAUUUUAGUAAUACUGAAUUAGUACACAAUUUUAAGCUUACCAAAGUAAAACAAAAAAAUCAUGAAGAUGAGUAUUCCCCACCCCCCUAAAUUGUUAGUUGAACUUUCCUCAGCUGCACACACAGCAAAGGGAAUUUUAGCAAAUGUGUGUUUCUUUUUUCAAACUUGUGUAGAAUGUUUAUUUCCGUCUGCUGCCUCCAAAAGAGGCACUUUACAAAGUGUUCAGUAGUGACUUCUGUUUAAAUGCUGCCAUCCCUACUUUUAUAGUCCGUAUGUGUGUGUUAACCUUGUUUUAAAGUAGCAUAUACUACGAUCAUUGAACUUACCUCUCUUUGCUGUUAGAAAUUUAUUUUACAAAAUUGUGCUAGGGUCUUUGGGAAAAGAAAAUGAAACUACUGGCAAAAAACAAGUUGGUUUUAAGAGGGUUUCAGACAUUACUGGCUAUUUUUUCUUUUAAAACUGCAAUAAUUUAUAUAUUUGUAUUCUGCUUUGGAACUGUAACUGCAUAUGCUUGUCUAUUUUUAAUUUUACAACAAUAAAAUAAAUAUUUUGUUAUCUGUUA